UUAGGAAACUACCGGGCGAUUGGAAAAUCUGAGCUCGUCGGCAGGGACGAUGGCUAGUUCCAAGGCAGUUUCGUUACUAAGACGCAGUCUUCACAGCUCGCGCAUUCUCACUUGCUACAGAAGCCACUGCUCUGUCCCGGAGAGUUCCGCGAUUGACAAUGUUGACGAUGAAGUGCUUGUCGAAGGAAAAUCAGCUUCUAGAACGGCGAUUCUCAAUAGACCCUCAGUUCUCAAUGCCAUCAAUAGCAUGACGGCAGCUAGACUGCAUACACUUUACAAAAAGUGGGAAGACAAUCCUGAUAUUGGUUUUGUGAUGGUGAAGGGCAGGGGCCGGGCAUUUUCAGCUGGUGGAGAUAUUGUUGCUGUUUACCAUUUGCUAAAUCAAGGGAACUUGGAAAGUUGUAAGGAAUUUUUUAGAACGAUAUAUAGCUUUAUCUACUUUCUCGGUACAUAUUUGAAGCCACAUGUAGCUCUUCUAAAUGGUAUUACCAUGGGUGGUGGAGCAGGAAUUUCAAUCCCUGGAACAUUUCGGGUUGGAACAGACAAAACUAUUUUUGCUACUCCAGAAACUCUUAUAGGAUUUCACCCUGAUGCUGGAGCUUCCUUUUACCUUUCACAUCUACCUGGCCAUUUAGGUGAGUACUUGGGUUUAACUGGGGAAAAACUCAAUGGAGUGGAGAUGAUUAACUGUGGGCUUGCAACACACUAUACAUUAAGCGCAAGGCUUCCAUUACUUGAGGAACAGCUGGGGAAAUUGGUUACGGAUGAUCCUUCUGUCAUUGAAACCACUUUAGAAAAGUAUGGCGACCUUGUCCGCCCAGAUAGUAGAACUGCACUUCAAAGGAUUGAAAUUAUAGAUAAAUGCUUUUGCCAUGAUACAGUUGAAGAGAUCGUUGAUGCUUUGACAAUUGAGGCAAAUCAAGCAAAUGAUGCCUGGUGCAUAGGUACCCUGAAUAGACUUAAAGAAGCUUCUCCAUUGAGCUUGAAGGUUGCCUUGAGAUCUAUAAGGGAAGGUAGAUUUCAGACUCUUGAUCAGUGCUUGUCACGUGAGUACCACAUGUCAUUACAAGGAAUAUCUAAGCAGAUUUCCGGUGACUUUUGUGAGGGUGUGCGGGCACGCAUGGUGGACAAAGACAUGGCACCAAAGUGGGACCCUCCUACGUUGGACAAGGUGUCUGAUGAUAUGGUGGAUCAGUACUUCUUGCCGGUCAGUGUAUCUGAGCCAGGUCUAGACUUGCCUGCACAAAUCCGAGAAGCUUUUAUCUAAGAAGUGUGUUUCCCUACGUCUCCAUUCAAAUAAUUCUAGAAUUGAACUCCGUUGGUCUUUAGUUGUCAUUUAUUAAGCCGCAAAUUUGUAGUCGGUACUGCCUCUGGAUAGUAAAAUAGCUUUGGCUUUAUUACACAAGAUGAGCGACAAACAAUUCAUGACCUUGAACGUAGUCUCAUUCCUAUAUAUAACUCAUCUUUUACAAAAA